AUGGCGAUAGAAGUGGGGCUCAGCAGCAACGAGCUGCCGGUCCUAGAGCUGCUGCAGCAGCGGAUGCUGCAGCAGCUGUCUUCUUCUUUUGCUCCCACCCCCAAAUACACUGCAGCAGCAGAAGCAGCAGCAGCAAAACUACAAACCAACACACACACAAAGAAAACAGCAGCAGCAGCAACGGCAGCAAACAAGGCCACUGCAGCAGCACCGACUGCAGCAGCAACAACUCUAGAUGCAGCAGCAGCAUUAACAGCAACAGCAGCAACAGAAACAGCACCAGCAGCAAGCGCAGCAGCAGCGGCAAAAACAAAACGGGCAGACAGAGCAGCAGGGGGAAGACAGAUGGUGCUGCAACCGAAGCAAAAGGCACACAGCGCAGACACCCAGAGACAAAGACAGAAGGAAGAAGCAGAACCGCAACGACAGCAGCAGCAGCAGCAGCAGCAGCAGCAGCAGCAGCAGCAGCAACCGCAGCAGCACCAACCACAGCAGCAAGGACACCGGCAGCAGCACAAGCAGCUCUCGCCAGAAGAAAGGCGGCACCAGCAGCAAGCCCCGCAGCAGCAACAGCAUCAACUUCUGCUUGUGCAGCGACAGAAGCAGCAGCAAAAGCAUGUGCAACAGCAGCAGCAGCAGCAAAAGCAGCCUGAGCAACAGCAGCACCAGCAGCAAAAGCCGCAUGAGCAGCAGCAGCAGCAGCAGCAGCAGCAGCAGCAGCAGGAGGCAUCCCCUCGUUGUCAGGCGGGCGGUGACAGCUGCACAGGCCCUCUCAGCGGACGACAAGAGCUGCCUUUGCAGCACCCACAGCAGCAGCAGCAGCUACUACAGCAGCAGCAGCAGCAGCAGCAGCAGCACACGCAGCAUCCGCCUUUGCAGCAACUGCUGCAUCACCCGCAGCAGCAGCAGCCGCCAGAGCUGCAGCAAACACAGCAGGCGCAGCAGCCGGAGCACCUGCUGCAGCACCCACAGGAGCAGCAGCUGCUGCAGCACCCACAGGAGCAGCAGCUGCUGCAGCACCCACAGGAGCAGCAGCUGCUGCAACACCCACAGGAGCAGCAGCUGCUGCAGCAUCCGCAGCAAAGUGGGGGCGCCGGGCUGUUGUGCUGCAGCGGAGAUUCUUUGAAUGACAGAGCCACGAGCAGCAGCGACACCAGUGGAGGGACCUCUCCUUUGCUGCUGUCGUUGUCUUAG